AUGAUAAAAGUUUCUCCGCUCCAGAAAGGGAAUGGUGUACUAGACUAUCUUUCGAAUGCAACUUGGCACUACGACAAUUCGAUAACGCCGGACUAUGAGGUGAACGGCUCUGCUGCCUUGCUGUUUCUGUCUCUUCGCUUCCACUGCUGCAAGCCAGAGUAUAUAUACAAAAGAAUCAACAAGCUCAAGCCUUACAAAGUGCGGAUAUUGCUUGUCCAUGUGGAUGUUCCCAACCACAGCAAAAUGAUUCGGGAGCUCUUUGACACUGUUUCUCUGACGAUGGUUCUCGGGUUUAGUGUGGAGGAGUGUUCGAGAUAUAUCCAGGGAUUUGAUGCAGCGGGAAAAAGAUCGAUUGAUGUGAUAAGAAGAGGGAGCCGGGACGAGGAGGGGUUUCUGUGUGCUUUUCCAAAGGUAAACAAAAGCGAUGUUCAACAGAUACUUAAGGAUUGCGGAACACUUCGGAGGUUCUUCGGAAGGUCUCCCGAGGAGAUGGAAAGAAUCCAGGGCCUAGGAAAAGGCAAAGCCGAGGAGAUUACCAAAUACCUUAAUAUGCAAUUUGAAUGA